AUGGGGCUAUCUAUUUGCAGCAUUGACUGUCACAGGUACUCUCUUGGAAAUAACUCCUCCAUUACACCAUUUCAUCUCUUUUUAGCAGCUGCUGGUUCCAAUAAAUGUGGUAGAGCCUUUUGGAGUUAUUUCUGGACUUCAGAUGGCUGCCUUUAUGCACUUUUUAGACCAGUAACAUCAGGAUACUUGUUUGAGCUUCCUGAUACAGUCAGAACAAUUUCGAAAGUCUGCAAUGAAGCCUGCAAGUGUGGAGCAUUAGUUGCCAUCACAGCAUCAGAUGUAUCCUGCAUUGAGAGACAUUAUGAAUAUGAUGAUUACUGGGAAAUCAUGGAAAAUUAUGCAGAUAUAGUAUUUGCGAACAGUGAAGAAGCAAGAGCUAAAAUUCCAUUUCUGCUACAAGGUUCUUACAUUGGUGUGAAGGGGGAGGCUAUCUAUAUUCCUGUCACCAUGCCUGUAGAUACUUGUGGUGCAGGGGAUGCUUAUCCAUCAGGUAUUUUUUUCAGAAUAUUGAGGGUGUCUCAUUUGAAAAGCAGGGGUUCCGUAGCAGCUAAGGUUGCACCUGUAGUGGUAGGGCAACAAGGUACUAGGCAUAAGAUACGAGAUGCAAUUGGGUUGGCAGAAGUCAUUUUCAUCCCAUUGCAGGGACCUAAUUUUUUGGUCUGA